UGGGGGGUGGGAGGGGAGCGGGAGGCAGGACUGCAGCGGCCAGGUGCGAUCCGUGGGGCGAAGCGGGGGCGGCGGAGAGAAGCAGAGACACAAAGGGAGAAGCAGGGGAGGACUCGGAGGCUGAGCCGUAGGGAGGGGGGAUUAGAGCCAGAGUCUCCUAAGGAAGAUCAGAGCCCCCCCCCCCGCAUUGGAGCCAAGCCGGCAGCCGGUCCCUCCUCCGGCACCCCCUCCCCGCAGCCCGGGAAGCAAGUAAUCCCCAUCGAUGAGGAGGAGGAGGAGGAAGAGAAGACAAAAGGGGAUUUCAGCUCUAAAGUGACAGCAAGGGAAAGGAGAAGCCGCAGCAGAGGGAGAGAAAAGCUCAGGCAGCGCAGAGCUGCAGGUUCCCCAAGGCACCCACCCGGCAGCAGGGCCCCAGGAAGGGAGACCCCACCGCACAGACGCCUUCCAGCUGUUGGCUUGCUCUCCUCUGCCUUUGAUGCCAUGGGUAACAGCUUCUCCAGCAUCCCUGCACUGCCCAGAGGCAACCAGAGCAGAUUCCACAGGGUCCACCACCAGCACCUCAAAGAAACCUCUGGAGCAGUCUCUCCUCAUGGACCGUGUCCCUCGCCUCUGUGGCUCUCUUGAAAGCAACAUGCUGUUCGGUCCUCCUUGCCACUACUCCAAGAAGCUCCUUCACAGUCUUCCUGACUUGCUGCUGACUCCCUAGGUGGGCCCUUUCCGGCUUCUUCUCACCGAUGCCACCACAAGCAGAAGCAUUGUCUGCCCAUCACGCAGUGCGGAACGUUGUCGAUCAGCCCGCUGCUUUUCCAUCCCCACGCCAAGGGGUCUCAGAUCAUCAUGGACACGGCACAGAAGGCAGUGAAGCGGCAGGCCAGCUUCUGCAACGCCAUUACCUUCAGCAAUAGGCCUAUCGUGAUCUACGAGCAGGUCAGGUUAAAGAUAACAAAGAAGCAGUGUUGCUGGAGUGGGGCUCUCCGACUCGGAUUUACUUCCAAGGAUCCCUCCCGGAUUAAUCCUGACACAUUGCCAAAGUACGCUUGCCCGGACUUGGUUUCCCAGAGUGGAUUCUGGGCCAAGGCCCUGCCAGAAGAGUUUGCAAAUGAAGGAAACAUCAUAGCAUUCUGGGUGGACAAAAAGGGCCGGGUGUUUUAUCGGGUCAAUGACUCUGCUGCGAUGUUGUUCUUCAGCGGGGUGAGGAUCACGGAACCCCUGUGGGCUUUGAUUGACGUAUACGGACUCACCCGUGGGGUGCAGCUAUUAGCAGCAGCUGCAGCGGCAGGCAGGCAGGUAUCAUCCAAGGUCUGUACACAUACGUCAGACAGUGAAAUUAUUCCUCCCGACUGCCUGCGUCCGAGAUCUUUCACUGCAAUUCGCCGGCCCUCGCUGCGCAGGGAGACAGAGGACACCCGGCUCUCCGUGAGCCUCUGCGACCUCAACCUCCAGGAAGAGAACUUCCAUGUGCUGGCCACCAUGUGUCCCAUCCCUCAGAACUCCCUCAAUUCUCAGCAUUCCCAUCUCUUCCCAUCCCAGCUCGAAAGUGACCUCCGCUUCCACCAGCUCAGGGGAGCCCAUAUCAAAAUCCUGGACGACCAAACUGUGGCCCGGCUAGAACAUGCCCGGGAAGAGAGGACUUUGGUUUUCACCAGCAGACCCCUUAGAAUCAAUGAAACAAUUUUUGUCAAAAUUAACAAAUCCAAUGCCUCCCGCUCCGGCACACUGUCAUACGGAGUGACCUCUUGUGACCCUAGUACUCUGAGGCCCAGUGACCUUCCUUAUAACCCAGAGUCGUUGGUUGACAGGAAGGAAUUCUGGGCAGUCUGUAGAGUCUUGGUGCCCCUCCAGAGUGGAGAUAUCUUGGGGUUUAUGGUGAAUUCGGAAGGUGAACUGCAUUUGAGUCAUAAUGGUGCCAGCACCGGCAUGCAGGUCUGCGUGGACUGUUCCCAGCCCCUCUGGAUGUUCUUUGGUUUACAUGGAGCAGUUAUGCAAAUUCGAGUGUUGGGUUCCACCAUACUGGCCGAGCGACUGGGCCUAUCUACACCGAGCUCUCCCACUUCAGCCCCAAAUUCCCCCACGGUUCUCUGCAGCGGGGUUUCUGAUCCAAUCCUGAGUACGUGUGGCUCCGGUCUGCUCUGCAGCUCCAUCAGCGGGACAGCGCCAAACUCCCCGGUCAGCAUGCCGGAGUCACCCAUCUCCCCAUCUGGCUCCGGGGUCUGGGGGGACGAGUGCACCAUCUGCUAUGAGAACAUGGUAGAUACCGUCAUUUACUCCUGCGGACACAUGUGUCUCUGCUACCCGUGUGGGCUGAAACUCAAGAAGAUGGCCAACGCCUGCUGCCCGAUUUGCAGACGGGCCAUCAAGGAUAUCAUCAAAACUUAUCGCAGCACUUAGAACAGCAGCAUGGGUUG